AUGAGGCUGUUCUACACAAAUGGAGGUGAUGCCAUUUUGGUGUUAGCAUCAAAUGGCAUUCAUUUUCUUUGGAAAUGGCCACAGGAUCUUAAAUCCAGUGGAGUGGCAACUCUCAAGGUUCACCCUAAUUUAUGGAAACCAAGGAGAGGCUUAGGGCUGAUGAACAAUGACCUUCCCAGCACCAACCCUGAAGACUCUAUGUCCUGCUUUGAUUUGUCCAAGAAUGAUUCAUAUCUCAUAUCAGCAACAGGAGGGAUGAUCUCCAUUUUUGACAUGACAACAUUUAAGACGAUGAAGAAAGUCAUGCCACUGCCACCUGCGGCAACGUGUCUUGCUUUUCACUCCCGGGAUGACGGUAUAGUUGCUAUUGGCAUGGACAAUUCCACCAUUAUAUGUGUUGUCGCAUAA